UUCAGAACUUUCUUCGAGUGGAGGCUGUUGCAAAAGCUACCGAAUCUUAUCUGUUCAUUUCUUGGGCUUUAUAUUCUAAUCGCAUUUGAGAAAGACAGAGCAUUGCUUGCUUCCUUGAGUGUGUUCUUUCUGGAUUUCUGGCUCUUUUUAAUGCUUUCUUCAUUUUGAUUUUCUUUCGUUCUUCUCUACCAGAACCAGCCAAGCUCCCUCCCCUAUUUUCUUUAUAUAGACGUAGACAACUACUUUUGGAUUCUUCAUUUUCUUUUACUGGCUUAAAGCAACCCUUUUCUGCCUCAAAUAUUAUCGGUUUCUUAUUCUUUUUGGCCUAAUGGGGCGUGCUGGGAUCUUAACAAAUUCCACAAUGGUUUGUGCUCCAUUGAUGGCUCGAUCUGUUGAGCAAAUGGUGAUUGACAUGCAGAGUGCAGAGGCACAGGGUGCUGAUGCUGUGGAGGUCAGGCUGGACUACAUCAACAGCUUCCAGCCUAGCCAAGACCUGGAAACCAUCAUCAGAAACAAGCCAUUGCCCGUCAUCAUUGUGUACAGGCCGAGGUGGGAAGGUGGUCAGUAUGAAGGGGAUGAGCACACAAGGCUGGAAGCACUUCGUUUAGCACAUGAACUGGGAGCUGAUUAUAUUGAUGUUGAGCUCAAGGUUGCAUCUGAUCUGGUACGGGAAGUGAAAAACAAGCAUCAGACUGGUGGCAAAGUCAUUGUAUCAUCUUAUUUGAGUGGUGCAACCCCUUCAAAAGAAGAUCUCAGCCAUCUUGUUGCGAGCAUGCAAGCUACCAAAGCAGAUAUCAUUAAAGUUGUUUCUAAUGCAAAUGAUAUUACAGAAUUGGAUAGGAUUUUUCAUUUGCUUUCACAUAGUGAGGUGCCAGCGGUUGCAUACUCAUUAGGAGAAAGAGGCCUCAUAAGCCAGUUAUUGUGUCCCAAAUUCGGUGGUGCUUUAGUCUAUGGAGCCAUGGAAGGAAAUUCAAUUCCUGGUUUGCCUACUUUAGACAGCCUUAGAGAAGCCUACAAGGUUGAGAACAUCAAUUCAGAUACUAAAGUUUUCGGUCUUGUUUCAAAACCAGUUAGCCACAGCAAAGGUCCUAUACUGCACAAUCCUGCCUUCAGGCAUGCGAACUUUAAUGGGAUUUAUGUGCCAAUGUUUGUUGAUGAUCUCAAGGAGUUCUUUGAAGUCUACGCAAGCCCUGAAUUUGCUGGUUAUAGUGUUGGGUUUCCAUACAAAGAAGCUGUCGUGCAGUUCUGUGACGAAGUCCAUCCACUGGCUAAGUCUAUAGGUGCUGUUAAUACCAUCAUAAGGAAGCCUAGUGAUGGGAAGUUGAUAGGUUAUAACACUGACUGUGAGGGUUCAAUAGCUUCAAUUGAGGAUGCUUUGAAAGAUCAAAGAUACAUCAAUGGCGCAUCUUUAAAUUCUCCAUUGGCCGGGAAACAGUUUGUGGUUGUUGGUGCUGGAGGCGCAGGAAGAGCAAUUGCAGUUGGUGCUAAAAGUAGAGGAGCCCGUGUGAUUAUUUUCGACAUUGAUCUUGAGAGGGCAAAGUCUCUUGCUCAGGUUGUUUCUGGUGAAGCUCAACAUUUUGAUAGUCUAGCACAUUUCCAGCCUGAGAAGGGAGCAAUCCUUGCCAAUGCAACACCAAUAGGAAUGCAUCCAAGUACAGACCGAAUCCCGGUGGCCGAGGCAACCUUGGGGAACUACCAACUGGUAUUCGAUGCUGUUUAUACACCAAGAAAAACCAGACUAUUAGAAGAUGCUGAUGCUGCUGGAGCCAUUACAGUGAGCGGAGUUGAGAUGUUCCUCAAACAGGCCAUUGGACAGUUCAGCCUCUUCACCGGCAGAGAAGCGCCGAAAGACUUCAUGCGGGAGAUUGUUUUAGCCAAAUUCUGAUUUAUUGCAUCUAGCAAAGUAUGCUGUAAUGUGCGAUGAAAAUAAACUGUUGUCGAAUUUCAAAUAUUAAUUCAUAAAUCAAAGUUGAUGGAUUGUUGAGACCAGUUUUAUCAUCAA